AUGUUUUUUAUUGGCCCAGACAGUUUUUGCGUGCAAGAAGGAUAUUUAGAGAAGUUUCUCACGACCUCGUGGUUUUACAUGAUUUUUACGACGGCAGUUAAAGGGGCAUAUUCUCGAGUUCAUGGUCAAGAGUAAGAAAAUACAAUUAUGGACAGUUUCCCAAACAGGAAUUGAGCCAGGUCUUGGACUAAGAACAUUUACCCAAUGAUAUAGAGGGAAUCACAAGCGAGACUACGUCACUCUUCUUCCACCACGGAUCCUAUUGGACAGGUUGGAAAUUACUUCAGCGCAGUCAUUCCAUACCUGCCAGCCCACAUCCUGUGCGUCCAUCCUGCGCACGGCGACGACUGAUGCAGCCACCGGCAGCCUGUCAAACACAACCAACACAACCUUACACAAGCGACAAUGCAAGGAUUAACCGCGUCUUUUCUCCUGCUAUUCUAUGGUCUGUCUCUAUUGUUGGGCAACAAGGCAGAAUCCACAAGUCCUUCCUGCAGCUCCAACUGCUCAACAUCAGGCGCGGUCACAGCCACCCCUACCGUGUCCACGGUUCAGAGAGUGAUGAUCCUGAAGUGUAACUCCAGCAUGGAGGACUACUGUUUCCAUGGAGAGUGCAUGUUCCUGGUGGACCUCAACGAGCACCACUGCAAGUGUGCCCAGGGUUAUGCAGGUCACAGGUGUGCCCACCUGUCUCUGGUGAUUCAGCCCGUGAGUCAGGAGAGGUUGAUACUGACGGUGGUGUGUGCCGCUCUAACCAUCCUGGGCUUCGCUGGAGCCGCCUACUUCCUCUACCGAUGGUUUAAGAAGAACGCUGGUUCACCUCAACAGAAGGAAUACCAGGAAGUGCAGAUGGCAUGAUUGACGCAGUGAACUACAGCCUAUUGUCACUCUGCAGCCUGAUUGGUUAGAUGGACACUAUAAUGACUGAUUCCUGUAUGAUAGAAUUUACCAACACUCUCUGUAUUGGAAAGAAUAUUGUAAAAAAAAAAGAAAAAAAAAAAGUGUGUUCAUGGAGGUGCAACAUAUUUAUAAUUGGAAUUUAAAGUGGUCACAUCAGAAUAGGGCAGCAACUGAGGUUUCAGCAAGAGAGGCGGAGUCACUUGCUCAGCAGCUGAGAAAUCUGUGUCUUUGUGCGUGUGUGUGUGUGUGCGUGCGUGCGUGCGUGUGUGGUGUUCAAGCAGGAUUAUCUUUUCCAUAUUUUGUUUUUAUUUCAAUGUUUCAAAUGAUUCAUAUUGUUUGUAAUAUAGAUAUAUAUAUAUAUUUAUAACAGGAUCAGUGUUAAAUUUGGUAUUGAAAGAAUAGAGGAUUUAGUGGAUUUAAAAGGGAAGGUGAUAAUUCUGGAAUAUUGAUGAAAUAUGCAUUUUUGCGAUUGUAUGUAUGUUCUUGUCAUUGUUCAGUCCUGUCAUUGUUGAUUUUUCUCAAGGAGGAUGCAAAAAUACAAGAGAGAAAAUAGAUACAAUCUUACGCUACAUCCUCUGUGGGUCAAGGAAGGGUAACUUUAUUUGUGAGUUUAACAGCCUGUAGAUGAAGCCAAACACUGCAGAAUGUACAAUGUGAAGAAAAUAGAACUGAACCGUGUCUAAAAACAAAGAAAUGCUUGCUACAUUUGCUACAGAUGCUACAUGUUCAUUACUCAAAUAAUGUUUUUUAUUUUAAUUUUAUUUUUGUUAAUCAUGCAAAGUGAAUGACUGAUACUGACUCCUUUUCAUAUGGGUGCAUCUACCUUGUGCUGUCCAUCCCUGAAUUGUUCCAGCCAAUCAAAAGCCAGCGCUGACCCCUUCCCUCGCCUACUUUGUGCGGGUUCGACGCGUAAACCCGCCUCUUUUUGAAACCCACCAGUAGGUGGCGCCGUUUAGUACCGAAAUAUUUUAAUUAAUCCUUGGAUUAAUUUGACCCUGUGAAGAUCUUUCGCAUUUUCUGGAGAAAUCUAAAGUACCCCGUAUUUUGGGGGAAAGGCACGACACUGAGUAUAAUGAAUCAGCUGAAGUAAAUAUUAUAUAUAUAUAUAUCAUGGAACUCAGUGAUAUUUUUUUAUUUUAUUUAUGAUAGUUGUUAAGCAUGAUUUUAAGCAAGCAUUUUCUCGAUUGCAGGUUCAACAAUAUUUUUAUACCGAGUGCAAGGUGCUCUAAGUUGCUUUUUUGUAUUUGUAUUAAAAUUCCAUUAAAAUGCUUCAUAUAUA